UCUCUCUCUCUCUCUCUCUCUCUCUCUCUCUAGCUCUCUCUAUAAGUAUCUGACCAUUCUUGGCUUUCCUUCUUCAUUGAAUAGAAAAACAUACCAAGUGGUGCAACGUACUAUUCAAUUGCAUAGAGUAUCUGGUGGUGUUAUUUUUUUUUAAAUUUUUUUGGUAGAGCCGGUCCUUAGCUAGAGCUUGGGGUGUCGCCCCCUUUAGACUCCCGAAAAAUACAAAUUUUAGGAGCCCUUCAUACUUUAACAUCCCUUAUAAUAGUCCAACAAAACAGAAUUUCAUCGUUCAUCUUCGAUUUAGGCCCCCAGAAAAUCAGGGCGACUGGCUCUGUAGUUUUUGGUGAACGAUUGGAUUUUCAAAUGGGCGAUACAAUUCUCAGCCUUAACCUCAACAUUAACCCUCAAGAGGACGACAUUAUUGAUGAGCACGAAUUUAAUAAGGAGAGAGAGUUCCAAGGUGAUGUGGUUGGUUCAGAAAGCAGAAUACCAAUGAAGAAUGAGGAGACUGUCCUGAUGGAAGAACUAAAGAGGACGAGAAGCGAAAACAAGAAGCUAACCGAAAUGCUGAUUUUCGUCUGCGAAAAUUACAACAAUUCCCUGAAAGGCGGCACCCAGUCCGCGGAUUUGAUUUCGGAAGACGACAGUAAUUCCAAAUCUUCAAAGAAGAGAAAGGGGUCAGGAGGUGAGGAUUUGGGAAUUGGAAACACUAGUACUCAUGAGAUCAGCAGCUCAUGUGGUGCAGAUAAUAUUGGUUGUGGUGGUGGAGCUGGUUGUUGUAAGAGGCCAAGGGAGAUUAUAAAAACUAUCAGCAAUGUUUCCAAGGUUUAUGCAAAGACUCCUCCUUCUGAUACAACCCUAGCAGUAAAGGACGGAUAUCAAUGGAGAAAAUAUGGCCAAAAGGUCACUAGAGAUAACCCUUCUCCUAGAGCUUACUACAAGUGCUCCUUUGCACCAAAUUGCCCUGUUAAAAAGAAGGUGCAGAGAAGUGUGGAAGAUCCAUCACUGGUAGUAGUAAUCUAUGAAGGAGAGCACAACCACAUCCAACCCAAUUUUCAAGCCGAGAUGCCUUUGGGAUUCAACCAGUUAGCUAGCAUGAUUCCUUUUUCGGUCUCCAGCCCGAACUAUACAACCUCUUCGAGCCCGAGACCAAACCCGAGCCCAAUGCCCGAUUUUAUUCGGCACGGGAUCGAUACGUCGGCAUUUCAACAGCUUUUGGUUGAAAAAAUGGCUGAUUCCCUGACGAGAAAUUCCAGUUUCACUACAUCACUUGCGGCAGCUAUUUCAACCAGGAUUCUUGACCAAGAUCUUGUGGAGAGUUGGGAAAACACCACCUAAUUACGUUAUUUUUGGUGUUUUGUAUUUUAAAUCUACGGUGGAAUCUUUUGAAGCAUAAAGAGGAAUAUCAAAUGAUUGGCAGUACACCAUCUGUAGGCAUGCAAUGCAUUUGUCUUUUCUUUCA